CGACGAUUUCCAAUCAGAAUUUGUUCUAACUUCAAAUCCUCACGAUGGAUUUGAAAAACAGUGUAAUCAUUAUUUAUAUUUUAUUUAUGAGUGUUCAUGUAUCACGUAGUGAGCAAACAUUUCCUGAGGGGUUUAAAUUUGGCGUUGCAUCUUCAGCUUAUCAGGUUGAAGGAGGUUGGAAUGAAGGUGGGAAAGGCGAGAGUAUUUGGGAUAGAUUAACCCACGGAAAGCCCAAAAAGAUUAAAGACCGAUCCAACGGCGAUAUAUCUUGUGAUAGUUACCACAAGGUGUUUGAAGAUGUGCAACUCUUAAAAGAUAUGGAUGUUGAUUUUUAUAAAUUUUCGAUUUCCUGGCCUCGAAUCUUACCAAAUGGGUACACUGACGUAAUCAGUACCGAUGGAAUUAGAUAUUACAAUGAUUUGAUAGACGAAUUAAUCGCGAAUGGUAUCAAACCUGUUGCAACAAUGUUCCACUGGGACUUGCCACAACUGUUACAAGAAAAAGGGGGAUGGAUGAAUGAAAAAGUAAUCGUUGCUUAUGAAGAUUACGCUAAUCUUUUAUUUUCAAUUUAUGGAAAUAGAGUGAGAGAUUGGAUUACGUUUGAAGACCCUGCAAUGUUUUGUUUUGACCCGUAUUUCCAACAGCCUUCGUUUGCUGAUGGGCUGAAGGAGGAAGGAAAUGUUGGCUAUCUUUGUGCUCACGCCAUUUUGAAAGCCCACGCAAGAGUUUAUCGAUUAUAUCAUUUUAAUUAUAGAGAAAGACAACAUGGACGAAUUGGUAUUUCUUUAGGAUCUUCGUGGUAUGAACCUGGUCUCCGAGGUGAUUCUGACGACGAUUUAAGUGAAUUAGCUAUGGAAAUUGAGUUGGGUUGGUUUGCUCAUCCAAUUUUCUCGCGAGUUGGAGAUUACCCAAAAUCGGCAUCUGAACAAUUGCAGCUUUUCAGUCGACAAAUACAAAUGACUACAUUUAAAGUACCAGAAUUCGAAUCAGCUGAUAUUGAGCUUUUGCGAGGAAGCGCAGAUUUCUUCGGAUUGAGUCACUUCACGACGAAACUUUGCGACGUUAGCCUCCCAAAAACGAGUUCCGAAGGAACCCCUUUGUUUGCAAUUGAUUUUUGCUCCCAAAAGCAAUCAUGGGAAAAUGGUACGUCUUCAUGGCUUAAAGUUGUGCCGUGGGGAAUAAGAAAAGUGUUGAAUUGGAUUAAAAAAGAAUACGACAACCCGGAAGUUUUUAUAACGGCGAAUGGAUUCUCAGAUGAUGGGGAAGAGAACGAUUGUCGCAGAGUCCAUUAUAUGAACGUAAAUUAAUAUAAACAUUUUCUUCAUAAAUUUGUCAUUAUUUAAUUUUAGUCUUAUUUGGAAAAUGUUCUCGUGGCUAUGCAAGCGGAUGGGUCUCAUAUUUCUGCUUACACAGUUUGGAGUUUUUUGGACAAUUUCCAAUGGUAUCAAGGAUACACUGAAAAGUUUGGUCUUUAUAGUGUUGACUUUGAUUCUAUAGAUAGAUCUAGAGUGGCUAAAUUAUCUUCAUUGGCGUAUACCAACAUUAUUAAACUAAGAAAAAUUGAUUGGGAUUUCAACCCGGAAGGUUUCAAGUCGUGCAAAUGGGGAUUAUCUAACGGGACUGUUCUUCUGGAUUAAUUCUUCAAUUGAAUCAUUUAUAUUAUGUUAUUUAAAAUUGUUUAAAACAUUAAAUCAUUGAAUAAGCAGCAUUAAA